AUAUCACUCCAGUGUUCACCCAGCAGCCAGCGGACACCACAGUUACUGACGGGAUAACAGCCAUUCUAAGGUGUGAGGUGUCCGGGGCUCCCAAACCUGCCAUCACCUGGAAAAGAGAAAACCACAUUCUGGCCAGUGGCUCUGUCCAGAUUCCUAGGUUCAUGCUUCUUGAGUUGGGGGGUCUACAGAUCGUGCCUGUCUUCAUCCAGGAUGCUGGCAACUGCACCUGCUAUGCAGCCAACACAGAGGGCUGCCUGAACGCAUCGGCCACGCUCACCAUGUGGAAUCGGACGUCCAUCAUCCACCCUCCUGAGGACCACGUGGUGAUUAAGGGGACCACGGCUACGCUGCACUGUGGAGCCACACAUGACCCCCGGGUUUCACUCUGCUAUCUUUGGAAGAAGGACAAUGUGGCCCUGACUCCAUUGAGCACAUCUAGGAUCGUGGUGGAAAAGGACGGGUCCCUUCUCAUCAGCCAGACGUGGUCGGGCAACGUCGGUGACUACACCUGCGAGAUUGUUUCUGAAGGAGGGAACGAUCUAAGAUGGCCCAGCUGGAAGUGA